AGGUCAUGGAAUUUGUGUUUUUGCUAAAUAUUGCUUUUGGCAACUGAAGAAGUCAUCUAUAUAAUAUAGUUCAAGGCUAAUGUUUUGAUGUGUUAUUUCAGUUUGAGUGUGAGAGUGAUUUUUUUCUUGCCUUCCUGUGAAGCUGAGGCAGACCCUCCAUCAUUGUCUGGAGUGAAAAAGGAAGUGAGGGCUGGAGAGAGUGUGACUGUUUCCUGUUCCGUGUCUCAUUCCUGUCCCCCUCACCCUCCAACCAUUACCUGGAGUCAUAACGGCAGUAUCACUGUCCAAUCAGAGCAACAGACGGCGGGACAACAUCAACUAACCUCCAGCCUGACCUUUAAUGCCAUCGCCUCAGACCACCAACAGCCAAUCACGUGCUCUGCUCAGUAUCAUGGCGGGAAGAAGGCCAUCAUCUCCGUCAUCCUCAGCGUGACCUCUGCGACACAAACUGAACCUGUGACACAAACACCUCACACCAGUACUGAGAGGAAUACAACAACAGCAUCCCCUGUAACAGACGACAUUCUCAUCAAAAUUCUACCUGCGACAGGUGCUCUGUGUAUUGGCAUUGCCAUGCUUGUGUGCUGCAUAUGCCACAGGGCACAUAAGCGAAAACACACCACACAAUGUCCCAAAAAUGUAUACACGCUCUCAGGUGAGAGGCCAUGCCUUGAGAUGACUGAUCCCGUGUACGCCAACACUGAAGUGAUUAAGGCUGGCACAGAUGUUGGUCAUGAAGAUGAAGUGUAUGCAAAUGUGGAGUUUCUGCAGAGCCAAGACGCUGCAGUGGAGGGGAAUCAUGGAUUUGGAUCUUUCGCAGAGCCAGAUGAAGACAUCUAUGCCAACACGGAGUAAGGGACACAGAACGGAACAGAAAGAGACAGAGCAAUACUCAGUACAGCCGAAUGAUGCCUGAUUUGGAAAAUGGUGAACUCAAGAUGAGUCCAAAAAAAAAACAAGUAAAAAAAUAUACCCAGUGAGGUCUCAUUUUACCCAAGUACAGUAUGGAGUGUUGUUUGGAAAUACGUUAAAUAUAUCAUAUGGAUAUGCGUUUCAUUGUACAUAAAGAUUGUAUAUGUAAGACUUCCGCCUUUCAAUACGUUCCAAUGUAAUUAAUCUAAUUCAGAUGUAGCACUUAGAGCACUUC